CUCUCUCUCCUCCGUACGCAAACCGAAUGUAGCGAAGCGCGUACGCAGAAACGCGUUUCCAUUUCUCGUUUCCCCAUGCCCCCACCCACCCCCGCGUCCCUCCUCAGAGCCGUUACUCUCCUCCCUCCCCAUCGCCACCGCCCCACUUUCAUUAACCAUGGCGCUCCUCCCUCCCACCUCGUUUCCCGCCCCGUUUCCCUUCUGCGCCCUAGCCCCGACGCCUCCAUAAAUAGGAUGUUAUCUCCUCCUCCCCGGAACAUCUUAUUCGCCCUAUCCGGGAACGACAACAACAGGAAGAAGGGGGCGAUAUCGCAAGCGACGCGGUGGCGGUGGAUGAGUCCCGGCUCCGGCGCCGCCGAGAGAUCGCCGGCGAUGAGGCGAGGACGGCGAGGAGGAAAGGGAGGGGAAGCAAAGGCGGAGGCCGCGAUGGGUUCGGGUUUGGAUUCGGAUUCGGAUUCGGAUUCGAAAUCGGCGGAGUCGGUCGUCAAUGGCGGCGGUGAGGAGCUUCCCCCGCCGCCGCCGCGGUUGCUCACGGUGCCCACCGUCCUCACGAUCGGCAGAGUCGCCGCAGUUCCGCUCCUCGUAAGCACUUUUUACAUGGAUGGUCGGUGGGCAACAACUGCUACAACAAGUAUCUUCCUUGCAGCAGCUAUUACUGACUGGUUAGAUGGGUAUAUUGCUCGAAAGAUGCGUUUAGGGACAGCAUUUGGUGCAUUUCUGGAUCCUGUGGCUGAUAAGCUUAUGGUUGCUGCCACACUCGUAUUAUUAUGUACCAGGCCUUUUGCAUGUGCCAUCUUUGGAGAAGUGCCAUGGCUUCUAACAGUACCCGCAAUCGCGAUUAUUGGUAGAGAGAUAACAAUGUCAGCUGUGAGAGAGUGGGCUGCAUCUCAAAAUAGUAGAGUUCUUGAGGCUGUGGCGGUGAACAAGCUUGGAAAGUGGAAGACUGCGACACAAAUGACUGCAUUGACUAUCCUCCUUGUCGCCAGAGACCCCAGCCUACAAGACAAAGUUGUUCUAGUUGGCUCCGGUGUGCUCUUGCUUUACAUAUCAGCAGGACUUGCUGUAUGGUCACUUGUAGUUUACAUGAAGAAGAUAUGGAAGAUCCUACUAAAGUAGGGGCGAGAGAGAGAGCAUGAGGAAGAUAGGAAGAUGUGGAAGAUCCUUCGAAAGUAGUGGGGGUGGGGAGGGUGGGAGAGAGAGAGGGUAAACACUAAGGACAGCAUUGUGAAUCAUUUCUGAGAUGCAUUAGCUCUUCCACACAGAUUCGUUACGGCACAAUCCCCUCUCUCAAGGAACCUGCACUUUCUGAACAAAGCAUGGUAUAUGAUAGGUGGACGAGCUUGAAGAAGACCAGAAUCUGAAGCUGCGCAUGAAACAAUGUCCCGCCAUUGCUUUAUUCAUCCCUCUAUCCAGGGAAAGUGAAACUCACAUCGUAUGACACCUGUGGCUGUCAAUGUUGAAUUUUUUUUUUUUUUUUUUACUCUCGGUGUUUUGUUAUGGCAUGUGACCAUUACUUUUUUAUUUCAGUGUUUGGUAGAUUGAUUAGAAUGUUGUUGCUAGUCUUAGAAUGUAGUUGGAAAUGAUCUUUGUUCUACAAUCUCAGUUGAAUGAAUCGAGAAAAGUCAAGAGGUAUACUCGAAAUCUAUUCUCAUCAACUUCUACAAUAGAGAAACUGAGGAACUGUAGUUCAGUUCCUGCAUGUUGAUGUCUUGAAGGGGAAAUUGCAUUAGUUCUUUUGUACUGAAGAUAAAAUUAAAUUGAUUCGCAGUUCUGUAAAUUCAAAUGAAUUGAUUUUGGGGCU